GUAAAGGGUCAUUAAACAAGAAAUGUUAAUUUGUUUACGUUCUUGCAACGUGCGUUUUUAAUAGAAAUGGAGGUUGACAGAGCGUCUGAUAAUGAGAGCUCCAGUGGAGACGAAGAAGAGAUGGAACUGGAAAAACAAGUAACAGAGUUGGAAGCAGUGUUAAAAGAGAACCCCUUUCAUUAUGACUCACAUUUGCAACUCAUUGAGUUACUACGGCAACUCGGAGAUCUGGAUAGAGCCAGGCAAGCUCGUCAAAACAUGAGCAACAACUUCCCUCUAUCUGAAGAGCUGUGGCUACAGUGGAUACGAGAUGAGCUCCCCCUGUGCUCUCUACCCGAGGCUGCCCUGCAACUCAGGAUCCUCUUUGAGACAGCUGUCGAGGAUUAUCUCUCUGUGCCUAUCUGGUUGGAAUUCGCCCGAUUCACAGUAGAGCACAUGUCACUCAUGCCGGAGGGGAUGGAGUAUCCCAGAGACGUGUUUGAGCGAGGGAUUGUAGCGUGUGGACUUCAUGUGGGCGGGGCUAAGGCAUUAUGGGAUGCAUACACAGAGUUUGAGCGAGCUGUGCUGAACUCACUACAGGAGAUGCAACAGAAUAACCCGGAGGAGGCGGCCGUGGUACAGCAAGUUGAAGUUCAGUAUGAAAGGGUGGAGAAGCUGUACAAGCGUCAGCUAGCAGUGCCUCACAUCGGAAUGGAGGAUGGUUUCCGUGACUACCAGUCCUUCAGUGAAGAGGGUGUGGUCUCAGAGGAGGGUCUCCCGGUGUAUGGCAUUGCCAAGAGGAAGUUGGAACAAUAUCGUCCAUUUGAGGAAGAAUUGUCCUCGGCUGAUCCUCCUCCCCUAGUAUCGUACACUCGCUACCUGGCCCACCUCUCUCAGUCCAAAGCAGACCCCUCCCUUAACCACACCCUCUACAAGCGGGCUCUGGCCCACCACCCUCUAGACCAGCAGCUCUGGAAGAACUAUCUCAACUAUAUAACCACUAGCUUUGGUAAGGUUGGUUUGGUCGUUGUCUCUGGUUGCAAGCAGUCACUGCGUAACUGUCCGUGGGUGGUCGACUUCUGGAUGAGCUACACACGGGCACUGGAGCGUGUCCAGACUAAUCACGAGGAAAUUGUUGCUGUGUUUGAGAAGGGCUUGAAGGGCAAUCUCUCUGUGGCUGCAGACUAUCUCAAGUUGUGGACUGCAUACUGUGACUACCUCCGGAGACAGGUACACAUGCCUCUCUCACCUUUGACCCCUAAGGAGGGGGUGGAGGGCAUGGAGACGGCCAGUCCUAAUUUGGUGGAGUUACGGAAGACAUUUAAAAGAGCUCGAGACAGUCUUGAAGCAUUAUAUGGUAAGGAUGGUGACCCUACAGACUCUCUCUCUCGUUACCAGGCCAGCCUGGAGGCUCGUUGCUAUGACAAUAUGGAGACGGCACGGGCGCUCUGGGUGGAAGUGAUGAGUAGACACGGGAAGCAGGCACAGUACUGGAUAGAGUACGCUAGCAUUGAGAGGUCCCAUGGUGACACUGCCAGCUGUCGUAAAGUACUACAACGAGCGUCCAACUCUGCCAGUGAUGACCCGGAGAUGGUGUGUGAGGCACUGCUACAGUUUGAGAGGGAAUCUGGCGACCUCGAGUCAUUUGAGGGGGCAUUGGUGAGGUGUGAGGCACAGCUGGACCGUGUACGAGCGAGAAGGGAAAAGGCUGCUGAAAAAGAUUCUUUCAAAAAGGAUGAUCUAAAGAAGCACAGAAAGAUGGACAUAGGAAAGGGCAGAGUCAGCAGCAGAGAUGAGGGUCAAAGUUUAGGCCGUAAGAGACCACCUCCUAGUAGAGAAAUGUCAGAUGAUCAACAACCGGCGGUUAAGAAACAGAAAUUUGUAGCAGAGACUGGCAUUGUACAGUUGCCCAGUAAGAAGGUUCCAACAGUAGAGGCAGCAAAGGUUGAGACAGAGGGUCCGAAGGAGGCCAGGACUGUGUUUGUGAGUAACCUGAGCUUCAAGGCCACUGAGGAUGAACUCAGGGAGAUCUUCACACCAUGUGGACUAAUCGCUGAGAUUCGGCUCAUCAGAACGCGCCAGUCUAACAAGGGCAAUGUCUACGCCUACGUAGAGUUCGCGACCCCUGACCCCGUAGCCAGUGCACUGGGGCUUGACAAGACGGAGAUUGAGGGACGUCCGAUGUACGUCUCACAGUUCAAGGAGAAGGGAAGACCUGUGUCUAGUCUGGGGGACAAGACACCUCAGCGCUCUGACUCUAAAGCCACAGUGUUUGUGUCUCACAUUGCCCACCACAUCACUGACCAGGAGUUAAGGGAGCACUUCCAACAGUGUGGAGAGAUCAAAGAGGUUCGGCUGAUCAAGAACAGAGAGGGGAGGUCGAAAGGUUUUGCUUAUAUUGAGUUCACAGAUGAGUCCUCGGCAAAUGUGGCUGUGGCUCGACUUAACAACAGUGAUGAGCUGGGAAUGAAGAGGAUGAGCGUGGCCAUUUCCAACCCUCCCAAGGGGGGGUCAAAGGGCACUUUCGGGGGACCUGAACCUGAGACUGGGUUUAAGCGUCCGACCUUUGCACCCAGAGAUAUGCAAGACAACAACCCAAUAGUGACAAGUCGGCGUAAGACCAACAUCCCUCUACUACCAAGAGCCCUGGCCAAGAGAGCAGUCAGUGGAGACAAGAACACUACUAGUGGUACUAGUGGUGAGGGGAACAAACUAUCCAAUGACGAUUUUAGAAAAUUACUAGCCAAGAAAUGAACCAACUCUUUAUACAUUAAUAGCUGUUGUGCAUGUACUUACAAUUUCCUAUACUGUUGUCUCUGCUGUCUUGCUGCUGUUGUGUUAGCCUAACCUUUUAAUUGGCUUUGAAAAACCAAAAGUAUUCCUACAUGCAGGUGCAUGCACAUGCAGUGUGGUUAGCAUCAAAUCCCCAGGGUAUCUCCCUCAUUUAUAAGUUGAAAGUCAAAGAUAAUGUACGUAUUAUGUUCAUACUGCUAAGCUUCAAUCAUAGAUACUAUAGUAUCUAUGCUUCAAUUCUUUGCCAGAUAGAUCUGCCUUCUAAAUGUAAGACUAUGUUGACAGAUAAUUGUUAUAGUUAAAAUUAUGAGCUAGCUGAGAUUAUAUUGUAGUAAUACAAUUGUAAUAAUAAGCUAUAGACCUAUAGUACUGUAGGUAGUAUUAUAGCGAAUAGGUGCUGGUGUAAUUGUCAGAGGAACGCAAUGUCUCUUCAACUGCCUCAAUGACCAGCUCAACUAAUGCUGGGCCUAGUGAUUUCCCCCAUGAGCUGCAAUGGAAGAAGUGUGAUAUUCGAUCUCUGCAGAACAUUUCCAGCCCCAUCAAUGCUGCAUUUCACGGUGACACGGCAUAUUUCAGACACUAUCGCAGCAGAAAAAUCUAUUCAUAUAAUUUGACCAGUGGAUGGUCAGUUUGGGCCGAUUGCCUUGUCAGAGAUUGUUCUUUGGUUGUACUGCCUGUUCCUUACCAAGGCGCUGACCAAUUAUUCCUUCUUCACACAAUCGGUGGAAUCAAACGUAAAGUGGAUCGAACAAAUAAAGAUAAAGAAGAAUUUACGAAUGCUAUCUACCAGUUGACCGAUAUAAAAUGGACACGCUCAAUCACUUACCCAAAACUGAAAACCGAACGAAGCCAGAUGACAGUUGUCUAUAGCGAAGACCACGUAAUUAUAGCUGGUGGCUGCAGUGCUGAUUUAAAAUCAGUAAAUACAGUGGACGUUUUGACUAUUACAUGCCAACACAAAGAAUGGCGUGAGGUUGCCAGCCUUCCUUAUCCUGUGUACCGUGCUUCUGGAUGUGUGUGCAAUGGCAUGCUUUACAUACUAGGGGGACACGUGUCUCCUUUUGAUCCAAUCAGAAGUGCUUGUGUUGCUACAGUGUCAGAGCUUGUUGAAGCUCACAGCAAUGAAGCCAGUGAUAAAGACAUUUUUAAGAUUGUAAAAGACUUGGAACUCUACGAUUGUGUGUGUGUGUCAUUUCGCAAUUGUAUACUGGCAAUUGGAGGUUGGAAAUCAGACGCAAGUGGGACGAAGCUUGGGACGAAACUUGUCUACGUCUAUCACGAAGACGAGAAAGUUUGGAAGGAGCUAAAAGGUCGACUGUCUGAGUCUCGGUGUUACCCUUUUGCUGCUGCUUUUAAAGACAAGAUAAUGAUUGUUGGAGGGUAUAAUAGACCUAAUGGAACAUGUACUGAUUCUGUAGAAUUUGGAAUACUUCCCAGUGAUGAGCCAAAGCAAGUCUGUCAGGCCCUACUACCAUCUGAGAGGGAAGCUAGUGUUGAGGGGGCGUUGGUGAGUGACUGAACCGUUUACGAGAGAGGAAGGCUGCUGAAAAAGUCAAAAAAGAUAAUGAGAGUCAAUGGUCAAGCCGUAAGAGACCACUUCCUGGAAGAGAUAUGUCAGAUGAUCAACAACCAGCGGUCAAGAAACAGAAACAUCCUCAAGCCUCACACCAGCGCAAAAGAUCAUUGGCAGAUGCACAUGGAUCGUCACCUCUUAGCAAGAACCAAACACUAGAAAUUGCAAAACAACCGUCCUCCAAUCCCAUUAUUGUUCUGGCUGGAAAAGCGGGUAAUCGAGCAAUUUGUGAGAGUCUGAAGAGUGCAAGCAAUAAUUGGUUCGAAUUGGGAAUGGCGUUUGAAAUGGAGCGUUCUGAUUUGAAAGAGAUUGAAAACCAAUACCCUAAUAACAAACGCCGCCUAAUGGAAAUGGUGGGCAAGCGUCUUGAAGUCACUGAUCCAGAACAUCCGAUGACAUGGCCUUAUAUAUGUAAAUGUCUGAGAAGUCCUCUUGUUGAACGUAAUGAUGUAGCUGAGGAAAUCGAAGAAAAGCGGAUCCGGACUGAUGUAUGAGAUUUAUUCAUCAACUAUAUAUGGUAUCCCAGGCCUAACUGGACCCCCACCCCCUCCGCCCACCACACCCUCACAUACCACACGUAGACAACUCAGCGCUCUGACUCUAAAGCCAGUGUUUGUGUCUCACAUCGCUCAUCACAUCACUGACCAUGAGUUGAGGGAACACUUCCAACAGUCCUCGGCCAAUGUGGCUGUGGCUCGACUCAACAACAGUGGAAUGAAGAGGAUGAGCGUGGCCAUUUCCAACCCUCCCAAGGGGGGGUCAAAGGGCACUUUCGGGGGACCUGAAACUGAAACUGGGUUUAAGCGUCCAACCUUUGCACCCAGAGAUAUGCAAGACAACAACCCAAUAGUGACAAGUCGGCGUAAGACCAACAUCCCUCUACUCCAGAGCCCUGGCCAAGAGAGCAGUCAGUGGAGACAAGAACACUACUAGUGGUACUAGUGGUGAGGGGAACAAACUAUCCAAUGACGAUUUUAGAAAAUUACUAGCCAAGAAAUAAACCAACUUGCACAUUUACUAUGUCUCGCUUUUUGCUUUUGUUGUGUAUGUACAUGUACAGACAGUGUCUAUAUAGAUCUGUCAUGAAUUGAAGCAUUCAUUAUGCUGUUUUGAUGGGCUUGGCAAACAUUGAUGAUGAAA